UAAUAGCAAUAGUAGAACUUUGACAAUGUUUUCUCCAUUAUAAAGGCACUUUUAGAAUUCUGUUUACAAAGUCCAUUGUGUAAAGGUAUCUGUUGGUAAAUUGACAAGAAGUGACCCUAGAGGUCAGAGUUCAACACGGCAGUAGAGGACAACAUGUCUUGGUUAUAAAUUAACCGUCUAAGCAAGCCUAUGCGUGAGGCCUAUGUUUAAUAGGCGUUGUGCACUAUGCAUGUUGGGGUUACCUAUGACGAUAGUUCACCUUUAUCCGUGGGGUGACCUACAUUUAUUGUUUUUCAAAACAGCACUAAGAGAUCUAACUUUUCCCAUGGUUACAGGACACUUUGAUCGGAGAUCUAAUGUUUGCUCAUGUCUCCCAUGGUUACAGGACACUUUCAUCGGAGAUCUAAUGUUUGCUAAUAUGGUUACAGGACACUUUCAUGGGAGAUCUAAUGUUUGCUAACUUUCUCCAUGGUUACAGGACACUUUCAUCGGAGAUCUAAUGUUUGCUAACUUUCUCCAUGGUUACAGGACACUUUCAUCGGAGAUCUAAUGUUUGCUAACUUUCUCCAUGGUUACAGGACACUUUCAUCGGAGAUCUAAUGUUUGCUAACGUCUCCCAUGGUUACAGGACACUUUCAUCGGAGAUCUAAUGUUUGCUAAUGUUUCCCAUGGUUACAGUAGCUUGUUGGGCAAAUGUAUAUUAAAGUGUCACGUACAAGUAGUUAAAACUGUAUGAAAAAUAAAACUUUCCUUUUUAACCGUUUUAAGUGCUUCUUCUACUAGGAAGACGCGCUAGCAAUAAUACCUUCAACGGUAUUAGUUUUUGAAAACCGGAAUUUUCUUAAAAUGUACAUGCAAAACAAAUAUUUCAAAGCAACUUUUAUUAGGACCUUUAAAAGUACCUCAUUGACUAAUCAGUCAAAAUACGAACGAAUCCUUUAAAUGAUAUGAUUUUUUUUGUUAAUGAUAUCAUCAUCUCUUUUGAUAUCCAUCAGUCCAGGAACGCAUAUAGCUCUGUCGGUAAAAGUACAAGCGAUGGACCAGCAACAACAAGGCCCGGCUAAACCGGAAAAUUUCCGUGUCCGUCCGAUGACUUCUCUAUCAGAAUUUUCGCUGUUGUUCGAGUGGGCAGUAGCUGAGGGGUGGCGCCCAGGUGUCUACGAUGCAGAAACCUACUAUAAUCAGGACCCAACCGGUUACUACUUGGCGGAACUGGACGGCGUUCCGAUCGGAGCGAUUGGUACCAUAAAAUUCGGGGAAGAUCUUGCUUCCAUCACCCAGUACAUAGUCAAACCGCCCUUCCGGGGAAAGGGGUAUGGCUACAGGAUGUGGCAAGAAGUUUUGAAGAAGAUCGGGGACAGAAACCUGGUUCUGGAGAGCGUUGCCGCUCAGCGAAGUAACUACGAGAAAUCCGGUUUCAAGAGUUCGUGGCAAACAAUCCGGUUCCGCGGAGUUGGUCGUACCGAUGACCAUGUCAUCAGCAAUGCAGGAGAUCGCGUAACGCUGACUUCAGUUGACAAAGUGAACUUUGACGACCUCUGUGCCUUUGACCAAAAAGUUUCUGGUGUGUCACGGCCAGUCUUUCUGAAGAGCUGGAUCAACCAACCUGGUUCCAUCGGCCUUGUUGCCGUCGAGAGUAUCGAUGGCACUGGUCAGAAGAGAGAAUACAGGAUCGUCGGCUACGGGUGCAGUCGGCUUUGUUAUGAAGAGUACCAGAGCACCACCUUCUCCCGAAAAAUCGCCCCCAUCUACGCGGAGACCUCUGCAGUUGGUUCACAGCUAUGCAAUGCUCUAGUCGCGACCGUUCCACCAGGAGUUCCCUACUAUAUUGAUGCCAUCGAUGCAAAUGAAGGUGCUAUGCAGAUAGUGAUUGGCUUUGGCGUAGAAAAUGUUGAGCAGGUAACACAUAUGUUCACGAAAUGGAACAGAGUUCAGCAAAACAUGGUGUAUGGUUUAACCGAUUUCGAAAUUGGGUUUUAAAGUAGUCAAAAUGUCCUGGUGUUUGCAAGUUUACACAUAGAAUACAAAGUCAUGUAAGAUAACUGUUUUAUGUCGAUCAUUAGAAAUGUCCCAAUUCAGCCUUAGGUGGCAAUGACCUUUUGAUAAACUACUCGUUUACGUAACGCUACUAAGUGUUAGAUAUAAGCCCGCAAUGAUGAUGAUGAGAUAUAAGCUGUCCUCAUUUUCCUGGGUAAAGAUUGUACACAGUUAAUAGAAUUUUUAUCAAGCAUUACUACUUUUUAAAGGUAAACACACGUACCUUUUCGACAGCGAUCAGUCCAUCUUGCUCACGGAGUGACCUAGUUCUCGCGAGAGUUACGAGAACUAGGCUGAGACUAGCUUGUAAUUUUGCCUUCUAGCAGCCAUUUUUCAGCGGCCUUGGUUCCAGAUGAUUUUGUAACGUUUGAGCUCUAGGUGCUUUACUUCUAUGUUACUCUUUGUUUAUAUGAUGGUUUAUAAACCUCAUGUAGAAUUUAAAAAAAAUACAUAAUUACAUUAGUUUUCUGACAGCAUCUAAAUUUUAGUCAUUCUCUUUAGUGCUCUUGAUGUAUUAUACUAUCGUCAUACAGG